AGAGGUGACAGUAUGUCUGAUAGUGUGGGAGCAUUGGAUCAUCUUUCUUUCAUAACGUUGAUGCCAACCAGAACUGGAAUCAUGCAGACAUCAUGUAGCAUUUUGUCUGUGGAAAACCUCUGAGGCUCUGCUGGAGAUGGGGGAGCAUGUAAGAAAAUAAGACAAAUGAUGACCUGACGAUUAAAGACUAUGAUGAAUGGACACAUCAAGACACACCAUCUCCUCUGGAUGAAGCAUUGAAAGAAUCAUUUUCCUGAUCCUUUUUGUACAUGUUUAUGGUGCUUCUAUGUUUUUUUUACUGUUGGCAAACAAACAUGUGUGAAACUCUGGCUCAUAAGUGGGUGAAGUUGUUGUCGACUCGCCUGGGGAGGUUUUUUUCAAAAGCCAGAGUGGUUUGCUUCCUGAUAGUCUUGACACUGACGCUUCUCAUCAUGGCUUCCUACAACCUGACAUGGGACAAGAAAAGACUUCCCUUCACCACCUCACCCAUUCAGGUCAGGCCUGGGGUCGUCCAUUCAAACACAGCAGCAGCUAAAGUUUCCUCUCAAAACAAUUUAAUAGACGUGAAACAGCUGGUGGAGAUCAUUAACUCCAAACUGGAAUACACACCCAGGAAGGUGCCUGAUGAAAAAGAUGUCAUUGAAAUGGACUCUCAUUUGUUCUCUGUAAUUCCUGACCAUUUCCUGCCCGGUGUCAAGAGCCCUUGCUGGUAUAAGGAGAUCUCCAGUGAACGCAGCACUGAUCCAUACAGGAAUAACCACUAUUGUCGUAGCUCACCAACCAGAAAGACUUUAUGUGACAAAAUGAGGCCAAACUUCCACAAGCACUUACAAAACAGAGAUGGCAAACUGUUUCGUUUGCGCUGCUUGCCGUACUUCUACAUCAUUGGCCAACCAAAGUGUGGCACAACUGAUCUGUACUCCACGCUAAAAAUGCAUCCAGAAGUCCAGUCCAGCAUCAUAAAGGAACCACACUGGUGGACCAGGGGACGCUUGGGUCAUUUCCAUUCCAGAGAUGGCUUCUCGGACAUUUUUCGUGUGGAAAAUUACCUGGAUCUGUUUGACGUGGCUGCCCAACACAUCCAAGAAAAAAUGAAUAGAAACUCAUCUGGAGACCACCACAUAACCCAGUUCGUAACAGAAGGUGGCACUGAGAUGAUCAAUGUCUUGACAUUUGAAGCCAGUCCAUCCACUAUGUGGGACAACAGAGGCAGGAAGGAGUCAGAACCUGGUUUUCUGGCCCAGGACUUCAUCCACACACUGCAGCCUGGUGCCAAAUUCAUUACCAUCCUGAGAGAUCCAGUAGAGAGGCUUUAUUCUGACUACCUGUACUUUAAGGAGGACAAAGAGUCAGUAGAGGACUUCCAUCAGAAGGCCCUGAAGUCUGUUCAGUUGUUUCAGUCCUGUCUGUCUCAGUGGUCACUUCGUGCAUGCGCCUACAACAGAAACCUCUUCAGCUCCAAGCCUCUGAGGCUACAUGUGGGGUUGUACGUUGUCUUCUUACUGGACUGGCUGACAGUUUUCCAUCGGGACCAGAUUCUAGUUCUACGACUGGAGGACUAUGCAGCCGACAAGAGAGCGACAUUACAGAAAGCUUUUGAUUUUCUGGGUCUAAGUCCUCUGUCAGUGGAGCUGGAGGAAGACGUGAUGAAACAGCGUGUGGAAAACAGCCGGGGGAUGAAGGACAGGGAACUAGGUCCUAUGCUUCCAGCCACCAGAGACCUCCUCAGGGAAUUUCACCAGCCCUUCAACCGUAAACUGGCCAGUGUGUUGGACGACAGCACCUUCCUGUGGAGUUACCCCUGAAGGGAUAUGAGUGUGAAUGGCUGUGAAUGAACACAUGAAACCCUUAAAAUACACUGUUACAUUCCCAUAAAUGUAUUAAUCCACACAUCUGGAUAAUGUUUUCAUGUUAUUAUUACUGAGAAGGCUGUGGUGACAAUCAUGUGGUGAUGGUACUAUGAUCUGACCUUUUAUAUCGAAAAAUAUCUCCUGUCCCAUUAAUUAUUAAAUAAUGACUAACUGAAACUUGCAACC